AUGGAGGAAGCUCGAGCACUCCUUGAUCAGCUUAUGGGGCGUGACCGUAACGCUACUGCAGCUGCCAAGUCAAAGUCGUCAGAAAACAGGUUAAACUGGCUAACUCAGGAUCAGUACUGCCCCUACUAUCUGGUGGAUUUCUGCCCGAAUGAGCUCUUCGUGAAUACUCGUGCCUAUAUGGGCAGUUGUGGAAAGGAGCAUUGUGAGUACACAAAGUUCCGGUUUGAUCAGAUGGAGGACGGUAGAGAAAAGAGGGAAAUAAUUGACAGGUACGAACGUAAAUUACUGAGUUAUUGCGAGUACAUGGAGACUCAGCUGGCGCAGAAGAUCCGCAGAGGAAAGGCUAGGGUAGCAACGGAGAUACCGGAUAUAGAGGUUCCUGCUCAGAAUAGAGAGAAGAUUGAUGAGCUCCGGGUUAAAAUCAACAGUUUGGUCAAGGAAGCCGAGAGCUUGGCGGAGAGGGGCCGUUUGGUGGAUUCUGAGAGGAAAAUGUCCCUGAUCGAGCCAUUGAAUGACAAGAUUCGUGACCUGAGUGGCGAGAAGUACCUUCAUAUGACGCGUACGGAGUUCGUUUGUGACGUUUGCGGUUGUCUAGUCACUUUGAACGAGAACGACUCUCGGAUCACCUUGGAAAAUCACGAACAUGCACGUGGCAAGCAGCAUCAAGGCUGGGCGAAGAUAAAGGAAACCAGCAAAGCGUUGAGAGAGAAGUUUGCUUCGGGUAGAGGAUUGCCCUUAUCCCCAUCAACGAGGGAAACGCCACGGGUUGAGAGGACUCCCAUUGAACGCAGAUCUCCGCAACGCUCUGAGACCAAGAAGGUUGAAGAGAGCCCGAAGAAGGAAACGAGCAACGGUCCAGAAGCGGAUGAACGGAAGAGUGAGGAGUACCAGUCGAAGGUUGAGGAUUGGAGGACUCAUCUUUCUAAGAUGCGUAAGGCGCCGUCUAACUGA